GAAGAACGGCAGCCGUGGCUAGAUAAUAAAAGUUUUACUUUUGAGAAUGUCAGGCCGUGGUAAAACUGGAGGGAAAGGUCGUGCUAAGGCCAAGACCCGCUCCUCCCGAGCUGGUCUCCAGUUCCCGGUCGGUCGUAUCCACCGCCUGUUGCGUAAAGGACACUAUGCGGAGCGGGUCGGAGCUGGGGCCCCUGUUUAUCUGGCUGCUGUCCUCGAGUACCUGACCGCCGAGAUCCUCGAAUUGGCUGGUAACGCGGCCCGGGAUAACAAAAAAACUCGUAUUAUUCCCCGCCACCUGCAGCUUGCCAUCCGCAACGAUGAGGAACUCAACAAGCUGCUGGGUGGGGUCACCAUCGCCCAGGGCGGCGUCUUGCCCAACAUUCAGGCCGUGCUGCUUCCCAAGAAAACGGGCCACCCCAGCAAAGUUUACGCCUGAAGAGGACGCGGGAUAAAGGAAAAAUCGAAGUUACGACACUCAACAAAGGCUCUUUUCAGAGCCGCCUACUUUUUCUGCAAGAGCUUUAACCGAAUUGUCUAACAAGCUUUGAACAAGUUUCUCAGUGUAUUUCCGUUCCAGAAUCUGGUGAACGUUUUUUCCGAGAUACAAUAUUUGAAAGACAUUUUCCAAAUAACUUUAUGGAUGUAGUUGUCUUAACAAACGCAAUAAUAAAUGCUGCAGGGUGGUGCAUGUUUCGCGUUCUUUCAACUAUAUGACUUGAUGUGAAUUCGAGGCCAGAGUUAAAAGAUUUAUAAAGCAAUUUGUCAAAACAGUUAUCAAGUAUGAGGAAUAAAAUUUAAGAUGGUAACAAGAAAACAUGCGUGUAGUUGUCUCAACUUUAAAUCAAUGUCCUAUUUUUGUUUU